UAGCAGGAUUUACUGAUCGAGCAGAGACGAGACUACUACAGUUAUGCAACUCAGAGGAAGAUGAGUUCUCAAGUGCAUAAGGAAGGAACGAAUGUGACAUGACCAAGACGAAAUCGAGAUGAUCGAUAGAAUUUCGGUGUGACUCCGGGCUGAGCAUUACGAUUCAGUAACGAUCGCAACUGCUUGUCUUUGCCAUUUCACUUUCAUCACAAUCACCAACCCUCUAGACUACUUUGCUAUGACACAAACACACCUAGUCAUUGAAUUCCAAUCAAUUGCUCAAAGAGCGAAUCUCUCUUGUAUGACCAAAACUCACAUCAAGCCCGAUAUUCAUGUUGACACCAUCUAUGCCAGACCUCCUCAGCUUUCUUUCACCUUCCCAUCAAUCUUCUAGUCACAAUGAGCUUCCUCUCAGACUCGAUCAUCAUCUCAAUCUUCUUUCUCAUCUUCCUCUACUUUAUCUUUCCUCGGGGUUUCAAUUGCCUUUCCAUCGCUCUGGCCUUGACGCUCUGGGGUUCCGACCAUAUGACAUAUAAGCAAGUUGUGGAUUCUUGCACUGAUGGGAAUAAAGGGUGGACGGUGGAUGAGAGGUGUGAGGCUGCUGUUUGGAUCUUGGUGUUGCAGGUUUUGGUUACGAUGGUUGGGGUCAUGUCUGGUAUUGCCGAAAUGGAGGGGAUUAUCGGAAGGAUGAGAAUGAAGAGGGUGGAGGGAAAGAGCAUUGACGAGAAGGCGACAGGAGGCAAGAGGGCGUAGGUGGAAUGGUCUUUCUUUGGCAAAUUCGACUUUUUUGGGAAAUGUUUGUGCAUUUUGAUGUGGUCCAUUUAAUUUGCAGGGUUGUGAUGGAGACUAGCGAUCAUGAGGCCAGUUGACAGGGAUGAGC